AUGUCUUCCACACCCAACAGAUUCUACUUUUCUCGACCAUCCCCACCACGCUCGUCCCUCUCACAUGGCGCCAUCCCUAUCCACCCCGCCCAACGUGAUCAGUCGCCCUCCCCUCCUCUCUCACCUUCAGACCGCUUCCUCGUCCUGCCGCGAAAUGCGAUUUCACUACCUCCCUUUCAACCUCCACCUCAGCAACUCAGUCUUCCACCGUCCGUGCGCCCGUUCUCCAGCAGGAAUGAAGGCAAGAGCAAGUCUCACUCAUUGCCUUCCGCCUCUCGGCCAGUCACAGCUGAGAAGCACUCCUGGUGGUCGGAUACCGGAGCGGCGCCGAGCCCAGCGUCGAAAACCCGUAUCAGAUUGACGGGAUGGCAACAGAUGCAUCUGGAGGGGAUCUGGCUUCUGACUCGUACCCCACCCAAGACUCGGCGAGAAGAAGCUGCCCAAUACACCGGGAUGACUCCGCGCCAAGUCCAGGUGUGGUUCCAGAAUCGGCGCCAGAAGGAGAAGAAGAUCGCGGCGCGGACCUCUGAAGCAGGAAUGACCGCCGAGCUCGAAUCUGAGUCGGAAGAAGGCCAGGAGAGGGAAGGAGGCAGCACGGACAGCUUCGAGGAGGAGGAGGAGGGAGGUGCAAGUCCUGCAAUGUCGAGCGCCAGAGGCCGGACGGUAUCGUUCGACCGUCGAGUUGAUAUCCCGCCUUACCCCCAGCCGAGUCCUUUGAUCCGCUCAGACACGCCUGUCCGCUCGCCUGGGCAUUACCCACCCACUGCGUCCCACGACCAGCGUCCCGCCAGCAGCUCGCACAGGCCCCGACCGGAAUGGGCUGAGGAGCAGCGGCCGAGGCACAGGUAG